AGCCAAAUUCCAUAUUAUUCCGGUCAAAAAGAGAGCGAGGUACCGAGAACUGAUAGCAGAUCCUCUUUUCCAUGGCAAAUUCUAAGCUGCAAGCACUCUGGAACCACCCCGCCGGCCCUAAAACUAUUCAUUUCUGGGCUCCGACGUUCAAAUGGGGAAUAACCAUUGCAAAUAUUCUCGACUCCUCCAAACCACCUGACCAAGUUUCCUAUGCACAACAAACAGUGAUUACAAGCACUGGACUUAUCUGGGCAAGAUUUGGCACAGUAAUCACCCCGAAGAACUGGAAUCUAGUCAGUGUCAGUUUGGGGAUGGCUGCCACUUCAACUUUUCAACUUACACGUAAAAUUCAGCAUGACUACCUAUCUUCCAAAGACCAACAAGCUGCUUCAGAGAACAUUGAGACCAAUAGUAGUCUCAGUUAACCUGUGCGCCUCUAGCUAAUUGGGAAUCGAGUAGAACAUGAUUUGGGGUUUAUUUCGAUUUACUGAAACAUAUGCGUUGAGGAACCCUGUGGCUUUAUUAUCCUAUAUAUGUAUCAAUGUAUGCAAAGUUGUCCAAAAUAAUUUAGUACACAUUUUUUAGGUUGGGUCGAAUAAGUUUUGGUGAAAAGACUAGUUGAUGUAAGUGCCUUCUGGUCAUGGAUAAGUAAUGAAAUUAGCUAUUACUUAAAAA